AUGGAGAAGGUCCUUUCAAGGCACUGCUUUCUCCACGGCUUCGCUCUUGCUAUUGCAUGGAUUGCUGCCGGACAUCAGGUAUCCGAUUGCAGCAAAGUGGAGGGUUGCCCAUCCUUUCGCAGGCUCUCCUCGGAUGGAUGGUUGCACAGCUUCCAGGCAGGCAGAACUGGAAUUCCUGGGACCGAAAUUGUGCAGCUCGUAAGCCAUAAGGGCUCCCUCUUCGCUUCGGUUGGCUACUGGAUGCAUCCAUCUCACCACCCAGGUCGGAUUCUACGUUUGGAUUGUCCAACUUGCGAAUGGGAGAUGGAACACCCAGAAGAAGGCAAUGUGUACAUGAGCUAUGUCGUACGCCUCGAAUGUCUGAAGUCAGUCACAUGGACGUCCACCCUCUCAAACCCUGUGCCAACGCAGAGUGGCACUGAUGAGCUCUUGCAUGCCACAGGUUACCUGGACUGGCUGGGAGAAGCUCAUUGCGUCUUUUGCACUCGCAACGAUGCCACAAAGCUUUGGGCAUGCAACCCGUUCUACAAAAGCACUCCCUUUACAGAGAACGGCUUCACUGGGCGGUCCAUGAUCCAUUACAAGGACCCCAUCACCGGGAUGGAGCAGAUCAUCCUUCCGACAGGAAAGGAUGGCGUGACUCGGGGCCAUUACGAUCCGAACAGCCCUGUCCGUGUGUCGUUCGAUUAUCAUAUCGAGCCUGGCACAGAAAAUCUUCCACAGCGGCCACUCGCAGUAGCUGAAAUGGGUGGUCAUGUGUACAUGGCUGUUGGCCCACUCCUCAUGAAGCGAUCACAAGGAAAGACGGAUGCAACGUGGACUACGGUUCUCGAUAUGUUGCAACAUGACACUGGGGUCACACAGACGGAUGAGGCCGUUGGCGGACUCCGCGGUCUCACUGCAAUUGACAAUCCCGCAAGUACCACAGGUAAAUCAUUGCUGGUGGCAUGGAACCCAAAUGGACGCUCACAAGGUUGCAUAUACCGGUUAGAUCCGAAGACAGACGCCGAUGGCUUCGACGUGGCCCUCGAGAAAUGUGUCAAACAAAUUAUGAGGGAGAGUUACGACCCAAAUGGGAAGUUUCCUUAUGCUCUUGCAGCCUACAACGACAUCUUAGCAGUGCCCGCAAGGAACGGCGGAGUUGUUCAUCUCAUUGGCUUCAUGGUGCUUCUAUGGGGUCCCACCGCCCAUUCCCUUCCUGCGAAUCCUGGCCAAUGGAACUUGGACGAGACUUCGGGCAAGGGGGGAAGUUAUUGGGCAGGUGGUGGUUACAUGAUUCGCCGGUCGACUUCAGACUAUGAGGCUCGCGAAAUCGGUGGAAGGAGAUGCAGCCCAGACCAAGCAGAUCCAGUGCUAACAUCAGUUCGAGCAUAUGCUUUGUCCCCAUUUCCCGAACGGAAGGGUGUUUACUUCGGUGGCUACGACUGCAAUUUCUUUUCGUCGAGCAACACUGCUUGGAUCUUCUGGGGCUCAGACUGCGCCACACAUGACGAUCCAGAAGUCGCAGCUCCGGGCUGCGCGCAGCCUUCCCAACAAAGAUCCAGCUGCACGGCAAUUUCCGCAACCACAACUGCAACUGCACCAGACCAGACGCCUGCAGAGGGAGGCAACACUACGACUAUGAUAACUGCAAGUACAGACCAGUCGACAAGUCCGCCGACGAGCACAUCUCAAGUCGGCGACACCUCGCAUGCAGAGGGAGGCAACAUGACGGCCACGACAGGCACCCCUCAGGGUCAGGACGGUCAGGUCAGUAGCAGCUCGCGGCGACAGUCUUGCCUCUACGUCCUUUCCUGCGUUCUGCUACAUUGCCAGUGUUUGCUUAUGGGACUGUAG